AUGUCAUUCAUUUGAUUAGAAAAGUUUAACGAGUGAAAAUGGUUAAGUAAAUUGUUGCUUUCACUUUUCACAAUUAAUCAUCUCUCUUGUCAUUUUCUAUUAAUUAGUUGAUCUUUUCCCUUUUCAAUUGUGUCUCUGACCUCUUUUAACCUUGUUAAUUACCAUAAAAUCGACUAAUUAAUUGCUAGUGAUUUCCAUGUGGAUUGAUAAUCAUGAGAGUGUAAAGUAAACAAAGUAAACAUAAGCUUGUGGUUGUCAACGAUUUUCUUGAUUUAUUACUGAUUAGAUCUGAUUAGUCAAGUUAAUUAAGUCUUUUUGUUAGGAUAGAAUGACGGAAACAAUUGAAAAAGGUUUCGAGUUCUGUAUUGACAGAGGUGGCACAUUCACCGAUGUCUAUGCCAAGUGUCCCGAUGGUUCUGUUGUUACGACUAAAUUGUUAUCUCGAGAUCCCGAUAAUUAUGACGAUGCCCCGAGGGAAGGAAUUCGUCGAGUUAUUGAUUCUUACAAUUCAACAAUCUCCUCUAGCAAAGUGCCUUCUAAAGGAAAACAAUUGAUCGAUGGAUCAGUGAUAAAAAGCAUUCGAAUGGGAACAACUGUCGCUACAAACGCUCUACUCGAACGUAAAGGUGAACCGAUGGCCCUUUUGUUGACCAAAGGUUUUCGUGACGUUCUUUACAUCGGUAAUCAAUCUCGUCCUAAUAUUUUCGACCUCAAAGUGACCAUUCCUGAUGUCAUCUAUUCGACUGUUAUUGAGAUCGAUGAGCGUGUCUUGUUAGCCUCAGAGAAAUGUUGUGUCUCCGAACUGGCCGAUCUACCGAAAGCCGUCGGUAUCACCGGGGAAACUGUUCUCAUCGAAAAAACUGUCGAUCUUGAUUCAGUGAGAAAUCAAUUGAUCGAAUUAAAAUCUUCUGGAAUCAAUAGUUUAGCUGUUGCUUUGCUUCAUUCUUACAUUUACCCUGAUCAUGAGAAUCAAGUUGAAUCAUUGGCGAAAGAACUUGGGUUUAAUUAUGUUACUUUGUCUUCCAAAGUUAUGCCGAUGGUCAAAAUUGUCGACAGAGGAUUCACCUCGUGUGCUGACGCUUAUUUGACUCCGGCCAUUCAUCGUUACAUCAAUGAUUUUGCUUCUGGAUUCGUUGAUGGUUUAAAAUCACUUCCCGUUCUGUUCAUUCAAUCAGACGGAGGAUUGACCCCAGUCGAUCAGUUUACUGGAUUCAAAGCCAUUCUUUCUGGUCCAGCGGGUGGAGUUGUUGGCUAUUCAAGAACCACUGUCGCCGAUCUUGGGUCUGAUCAGCCAAUUAUUGGCUUCGAUAUGGGUGGUACAUCAACCGAUGUCUCUCGAUAUCACAAUACACUUGACCACACAUACGAAAAUGUGACCGCGGGAGUAGUUAUUAAAGCUCCUCAGCUGGACAUUAAUACUGUGGCUGCUGGUGGAGGUUCACGUUUAUUUUAUCGUUCUGGUCUUUUCGUUGUUGGUCCAGAAUCAGCCGGUGCUCAUCCCGGUCCAGUUUGUUAUCGAUUCGGUGGUCAUCUUACAGUAACUGAUGCCAAUGUUACUCUUAAUAGGGUUUUGCCCGAAUAUUUUCCUUCAGUUUUUGGUCCAUCUAAAGAUCAACCACUCGAUCGGGAAUCGUCGUUAAAAGCAAUGGCCAAAUUAACAGAAGAAAUUAAUGAAGAUCAGAAAACGCAAAUGUCUGUUGAAGAUGUCGCUUUGGGCUUCAUCAAAGUGGCCAAUGAAGCGAUGUGUCGACCCAUAAGAGCGAUCACAGAGGGUAAAGGUUACUCAGCUUCGACUCAUGUUUUGACCUGUUUCGGUGGAGCCGGAGGUCAACAUGCUUGUUCAGUCGCUCGAUCUCUUGGGAUUGGAAAAGUUUUCAUUCAUCGAUUCGCUGGUAUUUUAUCCGCUUAUGGAAUGGCCUUGGCUGAUAUUGUUCACGAAGAACAAGAACCUUCAGCAUUUAAUUACUGUGAAUCUAAUUUCAGUGCAAUUAAUGAGAGAUUCACUCAACUAAUUAGCAAAUGUGAACAGGCUCUUCUCAAACAAGGUUUCCAUCGCAAUCAACUGCGCUUUGAAUUAUACUUAAACAUGAGAUACGAUAAAACGGAUUUUCCCUCAAUGAUUUUAUCUACUUCACCUAAUUAUGUUUCCUCUCUCACUGACGAAGAAAUGUUUUGUCAAAAGGGAAAUUUCGGUGAGACAUUUAACUCUCGUUAUCAGCGGGAGUUUGGGUUCAAAAUGGACUCAUCGAGGAAAAUAAUAAUUGAUGAUAUUCGAGUUCGUGGAAUCGGUAAAUCAAUGGAAGAGAAAAACUUAGAAACCAAUGUGAAAGAUGAAUCAAAAUCGCAUGAAAGUGGACUGAUUGAUCCCGAAAAUAUUAUCAACUGUUACUUUGAAGAUAUUGGUUACAUGGAGACUAAAGUGUACCGUUUGGAAAAGUUGAGAUCAGGUCAAAGUUUACAAGGUCCGAUGAUUAUUAUCGACAAAUCAUGUACCAUUUUAGUCGAACCAGAAUGUACGGCAUCGAUUACUGUUCAAGGAAAUGUUAUAAUUGACGUUCCACAAAACGAUUCCUUUGAAUUGUCCGAAUCAAAAUCUUCUCCGACCGAUUCGAUCACUUUGUCAAUAUUUUCCCAUCGGUUCAUGUCCAUUGCUGAGCAAAUGGGACGAAUCCUUCAACGAACUGCAACAUCGACAAAUAUCAAAGAGAGAUUGGACUUUUCGUGUGCUCUUUUUGGACCCGAUGGUGGGUUAGUGUCAAAUGCUCCUCAUAUUCCCGUUCAUUUAGGUGCCAUGCAAGAAGCUGUCAAAUUUCAGAUUUCUCAUCGUGGAGAUGAUAUAAAACCGGGAGACGUCAUUCUAACUAAUCAUCCUGCUGCUGGCGGUUCACAUUUACCUGAUUUAACUGUAAUUACGCCUGUUUUUGAUGAGAAUAACGAAUCAUCUAAACCAGUGUUUUUCGUCGCCAAUCGAGGUCAUCACAGUGACAUUGGGGGUAUAACACCAGGAUCAAUGCCUCCUCAUUCAGUGAAAUUAUCUCAAGAAGGUGCUGUUUUCAUGUCAUUUAAAAUUGUCGAGAAUCAAAUUUUCCAAGAACACAAGCUAAUCGAAACGCUAUUAGCUCCUGGUAUCGAACCAGGAAACUUUGGUUCUCGUAAUUUAUCAGAUAACAUUAGUGAUCUAAAGGCUCAAAUUGCGGCUAAUCAGAAAGGAAUUAUUCUCGUCAAUGAAAUGAUCAGACAGUUUGGGCUAAAAGGCGUUCAAAGGUACAUGAAAUUCAUCCAAGAAAAUGCCACUCGUUGUGUUCGUGAUAUGUUGAUUUCAAUCGCAUCUAAACUUGGUACUUCGACUUUGGAAGCUUACGAUUACAUGGAUGAUGGUUCAAUGAUCAAGUUAAAGAUCAACAUUGAUCCUAAUCAAGGAACUGCUUCAUUUGAUUUUACCGGUACUGGUCUCGAAGUUUAUGGAAAUUGUAAUUCGCCAAAAGCAGUUACUCUAUCAGCAAUCAUCUAUUGUCUUCGGUGUAUGAUCGGCUAUGAUAUACCCUUGAAUCAAGGUUGUCUCGAACCAAUUAAGGUGACGAUACCACAAGGAUCAAUUCUUUGGCCAAGUAUCGACGCUGCUGUUGUCGGAGGUAAUGUUUUGACCUCUCAGCGAGUUGUCGAUGUGAUCCUUAAAGCUUUCCAAGUUUGUGCCGCGUCCCAAGGUUGUAUGAAUAAUGUCACUUUCGGGGAUGAAACCAUGGGAUAUUAUGAAACAGUGGCUGGUGGAGCAGGAGCUGGGCCUACUUGGAAUGGCCGUAGUGGUGUUCAUACUCAUAUGACUAAUACACGAAUAACUGAUCCCGAAAUAAUGGAAAGACGAUAUCCAAUCAUCUUAAGAGAGUUUCAUCUUAAUCCAGGUUCAGGAGGAAACGGAAAGUAUAAAGGAGGCGACGGAGUCAUUAGGAAAAUCCUUUUCCGUAAACAAAUGGUUCUAUCGAUAUUAACUGAGAGACGAGUUUUCUCACCUUAUGGAUUACAUGGUGGUGAAUCAGGAGCUCGAGGAAGCAAUACAAUUACGUAUUCAAUUGGACGUCAAGUUAAUUUAGGCUCUAAAUCUUCAAUCAAAGUUGAGCCCGGAGACACUUUUUGUCUAAUUACUCCAGGAGGUGGUGGUUAUGGUUCACCAGAAUCUUAAUUACCAACUAAUCAUCAUAAUUGAUAUAAAUAUUAAGGAACAGUUAGUUGAUUACAUAAUCCAUGUGAUCCAAUAGAUUUCCAACUUGGACAUUAUUGAAAUGUCGAUACUUUUUUAUCCAAGUUUAUAUAAUCUCUUGUUUUCUCAAUGUAACAUUUUCAUAAUUACUGGACGAAGAAAAAUAUUAUCCAAUAUUUAUUCAGAAAUAAAAUAAUCUACCAUUUGUAUUGGUAAAUAA